AUGAUGUCAAGACAUAUUAUGGAUUUAACAAACGAAAGUAUCAAUUCUACUAGUACAACUAAUGAUAAAGAUCAAUAUGGAAAUUUUGAUGUAUUCAAUGAAUAUCUUCAGGAUGGACAUGAUGAUGAUGAUGAUGAUGACAUUCAAAUCAUUGGUGUAUUUGAUCGAUCAGUUAUGAAUACAAAGAAAAAUCGAAAAACAGACAAGUAUCAUUCAACUAUCAAAUCAAAAGAGAAAAGAUCUAAUAAACAUAUUCAAGAACAAUCGUCAAUUCUUUCUCCAUCAACAAAAUUAACUCUUAUGAAAUUACUUCGAAUAGAUUUCAAUGAAAUUCCUUCCUAUCUAUCCAAGAUAAAUCAAUCAUUUGAUAAAAAAAUUCAUUCUAUAUUACCAACAACCAAUAAUCUAGAACAACUACGAUCUAUUGCUAUAUUAAUGUAUAAAAUAAUAUGUAUCGACAUGAUACGUUCUCUUUGGAUCGUUUAUAAAAAAGCAGGUAUGGGUGAAUUACAAACAAACUUACCAUCAAUAAAUCAAUUAAAUAGAAAAAUCUGGCCAAAAGAAAUUCUAUUAUUACUAAAUGAAAAUCAAAUUGUUGAUAUAAAUCAAGAUAAUGCUUGUUCAACCUUGGUAAAUCAUGGUCUAUGUCAAUUGAAUGAUGAAAGUGAAGGUUAUCUCCGUGAACUAAGUUUAAAUACAACAAAAAUAUCCGAUUAUACACCUAAUAUAGAAUAUAUUAUUGAUAAAUUUGUUGAACAAGGACUUAUUGGUUUACGUAUAGAGAUCGAUUGUCAAAUUGCUCUAGUUGAACAUGAUUAUAUAGAUGAAAUACUCAAACAACAAUAUUUAGAACAAAAUCCAACUAGUACACAGAUUGAAUCCGUAGAAUAUCUUUGUGAACUUAAAUCUAAUCAUGAGACAAAAAAAUAUGAAUUAAAUUUAUUGAAAGAUAAAAUGCCAACCUAUCUAUCAGCUCAUUCAUUCGAUAGUCGAUCAAUAAUAGAAUCACCAUUAAUCAAUACUAUUCGAAAUCCUAGUCUUCGACAACAAUUAUACAUGCAAUAUAAAAAUCUUAUGGAACAAAUACAAAGUAAAAUGUUAAAUGUUUAUCUCGAAUCUAUCGAACAACAAGCGUCUGACUAUCAAAUGAAGUUCAGUAAAGAAAUAACUAAACUAUGGGGAAUAAAUAAAACUCUUCCACAAAAUCAACAAUUAACUUCAAUUGUACAAAAACUUAUUGACCAACGUUUAUUAAAUAUUAUUUCGCGUACUAAAUAUAUAUACGAAUUUAAAAAAGAAUUAUUUAAUGUUAAAGAAAAUCAUCAUUAA